AUGAUCGUCCGUCCGUUCCUGGUCGGGAGCGCUAUCGCUCUAGGCGCCAAUGCUUUGCUCGUCGUCCCCGAAUCCGAAGUCGACGCCGUCGCCCCUCUCGACGAUAUGACUCUUCGUCCGUUGGAGUCAUUGGCGGCCAGCCAGCAGGAAGUCAUUCUGGGCUGCACCGAAUGCCCGUUCCGGGAGGUCGACGAGAGUGGCAAGGUCAGCUGGACUGACGGCUUCGAAACUUCUCUGUCGUUGAACUUUUCGGUUGAAAAUGGAUUCUUGCUGGCCAACGACCGCCCCAUCUUCCCUCCCCCGCCGCCGACUCACUUGACCGCCGUCCAGCGUCGCUUGUCCGACGGCCAAGAGUCGGACCCUAUUGAUCUGGGAUACGCGGUUGAAAUGAUGCCGCUUCAGACCCCACCCGACGAGCCGAUGGACAUGGUGGCCGUCCGCUUUACUGUUCUUGACCUGGAUGGCCACCCCGUUCCCCUCGACACCGUGGCCCUCCACCUGGUCCACGACUCCGCCGCCAACCUGUUCCUGGCCAAGGCCACGAUCGAAGAAACCGCUCCGUCUCGCGUGUCCUGGAGGCAGUGCCGGGGCAAGCCCAAGUGUCUGAAACGGCUCUUGUUCGAUCGCAUCCGCAGCCUUUUCCACGCUGCCCGGGCCCGCGUGCUGGGACUCGGCGGCCCUCGACCGCACUGCGGAGGCCGGCCCCACGGAUUGGGACACCCUCCUUUCCCGCCUCACCACGGUCCCGGUCCGGAGGGUGACAUGAAGGGUCCCCCUCCUCCCCCCCACCACCACCAUCACAUGCACCACGGCCACUGGGAGCGCACCUUCUCCCGGGUCGUGCGCUUCAUCGUCGUACCGGCCAUCCUGGGCGUGUUGGCCGGACUGGCUGCCAGCGCUCUGGGAAUGCUGGUCGGUCAGAUCGUUGUCUUUCUCUGGCAACGCUAUCGCCGCUCCGGCUCCAAGCCCUCGGAAGAACGAGGCACCGUGGGCGAGAAGCAGGGCUUGAUGACCGAGGCCGCGGACGAGCUGCCUCCGGCUUACAGCGACGAGGAAAUGGCAUCUGAGGCGAUGCCCGCGGACAAGUCUUAA